AUGAAUUCUCCAAGCUUCACUGGUUCAAGUGUCAUUGAGGAUCCGAAAAACUUUGUUGAGGACCUUCAGAAGGUUUUUGAGAUUAUCCAUGUUGUUGAUGCUGAGCGAGUGGAACUAGUUGUUUAUCAACUGAAGAGUGUGUAUAGAAUCUGGUUUGACCAAUGGAAAAAGAACUGGGCCGAGGAUGCACUGAUUAGUAACAUGGAUGAUGAAAAUGGCAUGUGGUAUCCAAAUGGUGAUGAAUACCUCGCACUUAGAGAUUUGUGGAAUUGUUAUGAAGAGUGGAGUGCAUAUGGUGUUGGUGCUCUCAUUUAUUUGAAAGAUGAUAAUGAGAGUGUUCUUCAAUAUUAUGCUCCUUACUUAUCAGCGAUUCAAAUUUACAUCGUCAAAUCAACUUCCUCACUAAUAAGAAACUCAUCUUCUGGAGAUCAUGAUGUGGAUUUCGAGACGGAAUCUUGGAGUGAUGCAAGUGAGAACAGCGAGAAGUUGUCGAGAACUAUAAGUAACAACUCCAUUUCUGCAGAUUCAUGUUUUGAGUGGGAUGGUUCAAGAGACCGCCUUGGCUAUCUCUAUUUCCACUAUUCUGAGACAUGCUCUCCUUUUUGGAGAAUUCCCUUUUCAGAUAAGAGCACUGAAUUGUCUGCUGCAAGUUGGAUGGUUGUUGCUUGGUAUCCAAUAUACCAUGUUCCAAUGAAAGCAAUUACUAAAAAUGUUUCUGCAAGCUUUCUUACCUACCAUACAUUGUUAUCAACUUUCCAAGAUGUUGCAGAAGAGAAACCCGAUGGAGAAAGUGGAAUUCAUCUUAGUCCAUUCGGUUUAGCUGCAUACAAGAUGCAAAAUGAUGUAUGGCUAAACACUCAUACAGAAAAGGACUAUGAAAAACUAUGUGAUCUUCAAAAUGCUGUAGAUUCAGGGCUGAAGCAGCUUUCUUAUAGUCACCAUGACUUCAAUUUCUUCACCGCGCAUUCUAACAUGGAGCGUGGAGGUUACUCAUUAUGA